CCUUCCUCCAAACACUUCCACCAUGAAGCCCUUCGUGCUCCAAUCUAUUCACAAAAUGCCGCCUAAACCACCUGCCAGGGAGCGCAUGCGUCAAUUGAACAACCUCGACGCUUUCCGAGAGCUGGACUCUAGGCUGCAGUGGUACCGGGAAUACGACAACAUGAAGGAGGAAGAAUCAUACUCACCGUCUGUUCCUUCUCAUCAACCCGGACAAGCAAGCGUCGAUAACGACUACUUCGGCUGGACUGCAGACGACGACAGGUUCGCCCAAUCAACACUUCGACGUCGUACAUUCUCACGCAAGCACGAAGAGGAAGAAGACGACUUCGAAAGAGACCGCGCCGAGGACUUACGGUAUAACGCUAUUGCGGAAAAGAUACGGGCCACCCACUCCCGCAGAGCUCAACGCCCACCAGAGCACCACGCGAACCCGAGAGACAGUACCAUUCCAGGCGCUGGGCAAGAACAUGUUCUGAUUGAUCGCUUCCAAGACUCACCACCUGAGAUUGUUGGAGGAGACCAUCCGCUCACCCAGGAUUCUCGCCAACGUCUCGUCGAAUCGUUAGAUCGUUAUGGAGGUGAACGAGGCCGUGGUAUCCCAGAUGCGGAGGACAGCUAUAUUGCAGACCCUCCGCUGUCUGUCAUGCGAAAAUCGAGAGAGAUGCAAACAGUAGACGACACUUCCUUCCUGUCCAUGCACGCCGAAGGAGGGGAAGGCACUCUGACAGUCAUGGACCCGUACACGCAUAAGACUACAGUGCUGAAGAACCUGAACUUGGUAACAAUAGCACUGGUCUCACCGGUACUGGCUUUCAGCUUUGAGGAGUCUAGAAGCGGACCGAAAUGUUCGAUCGAAGACACAUCCCUAGCGGCCGUGAUAUGCAUGCUCCGACACAUCUACACAUGCGAACACUACGUACCCAAUGACUGUCUCCACGACCAGAUGUCCGUCUUACUACACAUAGAGAUCUUCCACCUAGCCUCCGUCUACGACAUCAGCAGUCUGAAAACAAUGGUCAAAGCACGUAUAUUCCUCGAAUUGGAGCUUUCAACCAGCUACCCAGGCCCACCCAACGAUCUCUGCAAAGCACUAGCUUACGCAUACAAGCACCUGCCAAACGAAAACGACAUCACAAAGACACUGGCACACUACUGCAUCACUUGCUUCCUGCAACACAGACUCAACGAAGAUGAACUGUUUACGACUUUUCAUUACAAUUGCCGUCCCUUCCAGCGCGACCUGUGUGUCAUUCUACGCGAAAACAGCUUCGAGGACGAGAGCGCGCCCACGUUGAUACAACUCCCCGUAAAGACUUCAUUCGUCCCCACACGCUGGCCCGUCGUCUUUGACGCGGAUCCUCAGGGGACUAGCGCUUUGGAAGACGAGUUUGACAAUGAAGUCAAGCGCCGCACCGACAUUUCAAGGCUGGACAAACUGAAAAUCCAUUUCCGCGUGACGCUACCAACAAGAUAGAAAAAACAUGAAAUUUUUGGGUGGUGGGAUGCGUGGCAGAGGGAGAGAAAGAAAAAAGGAGAGACGUGAAGGAUAUACAUAUCGCUCGUUUAAGCUUGCUGUCUUC